UGGCCGACUGCCACGGAGUCGUGAAACCGAGUACAGUGCCCUAAAGGAGCAACUGGGAAGCUCAUGGAAGACUGGUCCGAAAGCUUUGUGGUGAACGAAGCAGAAGCCACCAUGAUGUACAACUGGCUCUACGGCCAGAGAAGAAGCCGACGAAACGCAACGGUCUCGGUGUUCAGCGAUCCUUUGAUGGUCGAGAGUCCUGAAGAUAGCACGAAGUGGUGGUGGCAGCUAUUCUCCUGGUUGGACUUGAUCUGGAACAUCAUGACCCUUGUGUUGGUGGCGAUCGACACCAUCUUUCUCCCCGUAUCUUUGGCCUGGCCUUCGCUGGUCCAGACGGGGAGCUUUUGGUUCUUCUACUACGAGGCAACUCCUUACUUUUGGAUGAUGGAUAUUGUCCUGGCCAUCACGCUGGCAUUGACGGAUAAAAACGAUUGCCGGAGUCGUUUUCGAUCUUACAUGUGCCAAGCGUUUCCGCGCGAUGCUUCGGUGGUCCUGGUGGACAUUUUUCUGAUUUCGGGCUUGGUCGAUGAAGACUUCCGGCUCUUCACCAUGCUUCGCCUCCUUCGGGCACUGAAGUUUCGGGCCGUCAUGAGCAUGUUUGAGAAUCGCUUGGCGACCAGAGGGAAUAUGGUCUUGGUUUAUUGGUCCACGAUUCUUCAAUCUGUUAUGUCGAUUUUGGUGGUCAACCACAGCUUGGCGUGCGCGAUGUUUUACAUUGGCCGCAUGGGAAAGCUGUGGGGUCAGCCCAAUUGGAUUGAGACCUACGAGGUGGAGAAUCAAUCAGAUGCGAUGCAAUACAUGACAUCGUUCAAUUUGCUCAUCGCGCAGUACACUCCUGCGCCAUUUAGAUACCGAGCUCAGAACGAAAUUGAGCAAGCCGCAAUUUUGGUCAUCAUCUUGACCUGUUUGCCACUGCUGGGUGCUCAGAUUGCAAAGAUCACUGGCACCCUAAAUCUCAUGAACGAGAAGGCCAAGGAGCGAGACCACGUGAAACGAGACCUGCAGCGCUGGUUGCACAAAACCAAAGUGCCCAGUCAACUCAACCAGCGUAUGCUCGCCUCGCUGGAGGAUGUCUUGAACAGCGAUGAGUCGCCAUUGGAGGUGAAAGAUCCCAUGGCCUUGCGCUUUCUGCCCAGCACCUUGCUGGACGAACUGCGGGUGGUCAAGACAGGUCAACGACUUGCUUCUCAUCCGCUCUACAAGAUGCUGAUGGAUGCGCGGCUCUCGGCUGCGGGGAACCUGGUGGCGGCCUUCCACAGCGAGGCUUGCGUCAUGGGGGAACCGCUCUUCAAAUGUGGCGAUCGUGCCGAAGGCAUGUUCGUCACUGUCAGCGGGAGCUUUCUGCUGAAGACGCCGCAGGAUGAGAGUGAUGUGGCACUAGAGGAGUCUGGGAAUAAUAGCCAGAUCCGAUCAAAAAGCCUCAUCUCAGCCCUCAGUGAGAUGACGGAUGUGCGAGAGGGUUUUGUGGCUGAGUUGAGCCUCUUUAACGAGCUGUCUCAUUCUUCGCUGUUCACGUCUGUGACCUAUGCCAAAGUGCUGAAAACCACGGCGAAGGACUUCUUGAAGGCCAUGCACAAUUCGCCAGCAGCAUUGGUUGCCAUCCACGAAUAUGCCGUGGAAUUGCUGCGACAAGCGAAACGCAAAGGAAAGAUCAAGGACCGCUGGGAACUACUGGAAGACCACUGCAUUGAAGAUUCUGUCCGUAUCACACAACUCAGCGAACUUUUAACUCCGGGCUCUGGGAAGAUGCACGACUUGAAGGGGAUGGAGGUCAGCAACAUCUCCGACUUUGUGGAGCAAACUCUCCAAUCGCCGCUGCCUUCUCCAGAGGAGUUCCAACUGGGUCUGAAGGAGGCCUUUUCGGAGCUGAAUGAGUACCUUGGAAUCUACGCACAGCUCAAUCACCAGGAAGAAGCCAAACGAGCGAUACUUUCCAUUCUUUCGGCCAUGUGGUUGCUGAAGGACGACUACGAGCAGAUGGUGGCGUGUCAAAAAGGGGAGGCAAAGUUGUCUCGCAGUACUUGGACGGCUAUCCAGGAGCUUGUUUGUGUUGAUUUCACCGAACCGCAGUUGGCAGCACUCGUCGUGUUGCUGGGACUUCGCGGCCUGAGCAAAAACUCGGAGUUUGCCAAGUUGUGCCCACCCAGCGAACGUCGAUCGCCUGAAACCGUCCUGUCUUACGCAGUGAACGAACUGCAGAUGUAUCUUCCAUCUCUGGCAUCGCUGCCACCAGAGGGCUCGAACUACGUGGCUUCAACAGUGCGCAUGCUUGGACAAUUCAGUUUUCCACAGUUCCUCCAAGCUGAAAACAACCCACACUCCGUAUGGAUGUUGCAAAGUGUCAUGAAAGUGGAAGAUCCUGUGAUCUUUAAGAUGUUCCUUCUGACACAAGUUUGUGUCCUUUGUGGAGUUACAGGGGCUGUCACUGUGAAGGGCUCAUUGUUUCUGAACGAAAUGAAUGGCCGCUCCGUCUUAAAGACCCUGCAGUGCCUCCAAAGCAUUCUUGCUUCGGAUGGCUCCGGUCCAAAACCUUCGGCGCAAGCGGUCUACUGGAACUACAUGGUGGAACGUGCAGAAGCUUUGCAGCUGAAAGUCCAACAGCCCGGACAUUUGGCGUUGGCGCGUCUGGCCUGUCUCACACGAGCAGUGGAGCCAAAUCAGUUGCGAUCAAUUCAGAAAGAUUGGAAUAGCCUUUCGGAUCGACAACGCGAUGCCUUGUAUGAGAUCUUCCUUUUGGAUGGGCAUCUGCAGAAGGCCUUCCUCUUUCAAUAUCUUCCACUCUUUCUGUCCAAUGCGGUGAGUAACACCGAUCUGGGUCUGAAAAACGCCUUGGUUUUCCUGGUGGAGCUCUACGAGACCCUCCUGAAUCAUCGGUGCCUCACUCACUUCACUGGAUCCACUGUGAAUGUGGAUAUCUUCUCCCUGGCCGGGGUGGCCACGGAAGUGGAGGAUUUGCGGAUGCUGAGACAAUGCUUGGAGCGAGCACGCAUUGUGAAGCAUUUGAAUGGUGUCACUGUGCUCUUGACGAAGGAAAGCUAUCAGAUCAUUUCAGGCCAGCUGGUAGAUCACCGAAGAGAGUCAGAGAUCCUGGAGUCUCUCAGAGAACAACAGAUGCGCAUGGAACGGAGCUUGCAACGUUCCAAGCAGAAUGUUAUGGCCUACAUCUUUUGAGGGUCCUUGUUGAGGCUUCCACGUGGUAUUCCAGAUGACAGAAUCUGGCUGUGUUGGAAUUGUCAGAAUCGAUCUGUCACAAGGCAUGCCGCGGCUGCAUUUCACCGAUCCCGAAUGGGAGGUUGUAAGGUUUACCAAGGUUUAUCCGUGACUUCAGCGAGUGUGACCUCACUCCCGCAGUUUCAGUUGCCAGUUGGCGUUUUUUUCUUGUCAUGACCACCGGACGAACUGCAAAGCAGUUCAACACAUUUCUUCAGGGCUGAAGUGAAAAGAAA